AUGGCCUUCGAUCGGUUUGUUGCCGCCAUGUACACCGGGCGAAGAUUCAUAACUCAGCGCAAGCCAUACUGUGUUUUCGUGGUCUUGGCUGUGAUAUGGACGCUGUCCGUGGCGAUCUCCUUACCCUGGGUGUUCAUCAUGAGGCACGUGCAGUUCAAGUGGACGUUUGGCCCCUCAACUUCAGAAUGUAUAGUCUUGAGACACGAGGUAAAGAGGCGCGCCUACGGGACAGUGUAUUUUGUGGUCUCCUAUGUUUUUCCAGUUGUUGCCAUCGUUGCCAUGGUUUCUCACACACUGUGGAAACUGCGAGAAACUCCUACACGUGAUCCAGACGGCAUUUUUGUGGGCGUCCACAACGUUGCGAGGAAAAAGCUGGUCCAUUUGCUGUUGGUCGUGUUCGUAGUGUUCAUAAUCACGUGGUCUCCACUCCAGAUUCUGAUGGUUUGGGAUAUCUACAGGACCACGCCCACCAGCGCGGUUCCUUCGUCAUUGAGGCUAUCGUAUUUCAAGUAUCUUCACCACAUCGAGUUUUCUGUCAAGUUGUUGGCCUAUGCUAACAGCGCCAUCAACCCAGUGGUCUACUGCUGGAAGAGUGACACAGUGAGGAGAGGGGUACACGACAUGUUAUGGGGAUGUGCCGCGGACAGGAACCACAGCAGAGUUUCUCCAGUUCGAACAGUGACCACACAGCCGACACAGAUGAGCCGAUGA